GAUUUCGAGUCGGACGAACAGAGGCCCUCGCCAUGUCAUCCGCCUUCAGGAAAGCCGCCAAGUCGGGGCAGCGCCCGCAUCGCGAGCGGGCACAGCCUGCCUCCCGGAAGAAGCUCGGCUUGCUGGAGAAGAAGAAGGAUUACCGGCUCCGCGCACGUGACUAUCACAAGAAGCAAAAUGCACUCAGAGCACUUCAAAAGAAAGCUCUGGACAAGAAUCCUGAUGAGUUCUACUUUAAAAUGAUACGUUCACAGCUCCAGGAUGGAGUUCAUGUAGUGAAGCAGCCAAAGGAUGAAGUGACCCCAGAGCAGAUGAAACUGAUGAGGACACAGGAUAUUAAAUAUGUGGAAACUAAAAGAGUGGCAGAAGCCAAGAAAAUCGAGCGGCUGAAGUCCGAGCUCCAUCUGCUGGACGCCGAGGGGAAGAGCCCCAACAAGCAUCUCUUCUUCUUGGACAGCCGCAAAGAAGUUCAGGAGUUUGACAUCGCAGCUCACCUGGAUACUGUUCCAGAGCUUGUGGGUAGGGUGUACAACCGACCGACCAUUGCAACGCUGCAGAAACAGACUCUGAAGGGAGCUACUGAUCCUGUCCACUUAAAGAAAUUAGCCCAGCAAAGGAAGAAUCAGUACAACCUCCUGAAGCAGCGCAUCGAACGAGAAAAGGCCAUGUUUGUUGUGGCACAGAAAAUCCAGACACGUAAAGAUCUUCUGGACAAAACCCAUAAAGUAAAGGUGAAGAAAGAGACAGCAAACAGUCCAGCUAUUUACAAAUUCAAGUUCCAGCGGAAACGUUAACCAUCCCACUAAAAAUUGUUACCAUCCUUGCCUUACCAAGAAAGAGGAUUCUCCUCAGGAGGCACAGAUGCAGCAUUUGUGCUUUGCUGCAGCCUCCUAGCACCGUUACAACAAAUUACUGUGGGCUGUGGUAUACAUAGUGUAUCUAAUUAAUUGAUUAAUAAAUCAGAGU